GCUGCGGGCUGGGCGGGGCCGGGAGUAAAGUGUGCGGGUCUGGGCGGGGUCCUGAGGAUGAAAGUGGUCCCUGGGGCUGUGUGUGCGUGCGUCUGUGUGUUGGGAUGAGACUCCCAGGCCUUCUCUGUGUGUCUCCGUGUUUGUCAGCGCUAGUGUGUCCGAAGCUACCUGUGUCCCCCCUUUGCUCCUGUGUGUGUCAGCUGCCUGUCUUUGUCUCUCCGGGGUCCCUCUGUGCUUUCGUGUGUGCGUGUCUGCCUUUGUUUCCUUCCGCAGUGUCUCCCUGUGAGAGCGCCAUCCAGGUGUCCACCUGUGUCUGGUCUCUUCCUCCGCGCCUGCCUGUGGACUGGGUGUCAGUGUGUCAGUGCGUGCGGGGGUGCGUCUCUCCUGCCCGAGCCUUACCCUGUCUGUGUGCACCGGCGCCUCUGUCUCUGGGCAUUGCUGACACGGAGAGAGGAAGAGAGAGAAAUAUCCAUCAGUUGCCUCUGUACACAACUCCACCAGGCAUCAGGGGAUCAAAACCACAACCUAGCGUGCUUGUUUCCUGGUCCCCAUGGUCAGCAAAAGGAUGGCCACCCAGCCGCUAACCAAGAAGGCCCUGGGGUCGGUGGCAUUCAGGGAUGUGAUUGUGGACUUCACCCAGGAGGAGUGGCAGCAGCUGGAGCCUGUGCAGAAGGACCUGUACAGGGACGUGAUGAUGGAGAACUACUGGAACCUGGUCUCGCUGGACUUGGAGACUAGACCUGACAUGAAAGAAUCAGACCCACAGGAGGAAGAUUGGGAAGAUAGACCAUCUAUUGCCAUGGUGGUGGAAGGACCCUCAAGGAAUGGUGCCCAGGAUUAUGACCAAGGUGGGCGUCGACAGGAGGCCCCAGGGACGUGUUUGGGGCAGUUGGACACGUCUGAAGCAUUAGCCCCUGAAAGUCAUGAAUUUAAGUCUUUCGUCCACCAAAGCUCCAUGCCAGCCCCACAGAGGUUGGGAGGACCAAGACAAUCACAGAUGCACCCGUUCACCAGGAGUGGGAAGAACUCUGGUACUUCCAGCCUCAGUCCCUCUUCUAAACUCUGUGCAGAGAAGAAGCCCUACAAGUGUGGGGACUGUGGCAAGUCUUACGGCUAUAACUCUUCCCUGAUGAAGCACCAACGAAUCCACACCGGGGAGAAGCCCUUCUCAUGCACAACUUGUGGGAAGCAGUUUAUCCAGCAGUCAUGCCUCACUAUCCACCAGCGUGUCCACACAGGAGAGAAGCCAUAUGUGUGUGGGGACUGCGGCAAGGCCUUCAGCCGGAAGAGGAACCUCAUCUUGCACCAGAGGACACACACUGGGGAGAAGCCGUAUGCAUGCGGGGACUGCGGAAAGGCCUUCAGCCAGAACACGUACCUCAUCUUGCACCAAAGGACGCACACUGGGGAGAAGCCAUAUGUGUGUGGGGACUGCGGAAAGGCCUUCAGCCAGAAAAUGCACCUCGUCCUGCACCAGAGGACACAUACUGGGGAAAAGCCCUUCUCGUGCACUACGUGUGGGAAGCAGUUCACCUGGCAAUCGAGCCUCACCAUCCACCAGCGCUUGCACAUCGGGGAGAAGCCAUAUGCUUGCGGGGACUGUGGCAAAGCUUAUGGCUGUAACUCAUCCCUGAAGAGGCACCAACAAAUCCACUCUGGCGAGAAGCCCUUCUCCUGCACUACAUGUGGGAAGCAGUUCACCCAGCAAUCGUGCCUCACCAUCCAUCAGCGUAUCCACACAGGGGAGAAGCCCUACAAGUGUAGCCAAUGUGGCAAGACCUUUAUCAAGAACUCCUCGCUCACAGAGCACUGGCGUGUGCACACCGGUGAGAAACCAUAUGCAUGCAGGGACUGCGGGAAGGCUUUUAGCCAGAAACAGUACCUCAUCGUGCACCAGAGGACACACACUGGCGAGAAGCCAUACAUGUGUGGGGAGUGCGGCACGGCCUUUAGCAAGAACUCCUCACUAAUGGAGCACCUGCGUGUGCACACUGGGGAGAAGCCAUAUGUGUGUGCGGACUGUGGCAAGGCCUUCAGUCAGAACAAGCACCUCAUCCUGCACCAGAGGACACACACCGGGGAGAAGCCCUAUGAGUGCUCCAUCUGCAAAAUGCACUUCGCAAGGCCCUCGUCCCUGGCUACUCACCAGGCCAGCCACACUGGCAAGAAGCCCUACAAGUGCAGCCAAUGUGGCAAGGCUUUCAGCUAUAACUCAUCCUUGAGGAAGCAUCAGCGAGUCCACACCGGGGAGAAGCCCUUUUCAUGCACCACAUGUGGGAAGCAGUUUACCCUCCAGUGGUGCCUCACCAUCCAUCAGCGCAUACACACUGGGGAGAAGCCAUACUCAUGCAGGGAAUGCGGCAAGGCCUUCAGCCAGAACAAGCACCUCAUCCUACACCACAACACACACACCGGGGAGAAGCCGUACAUGUGCUGGGAUUGCGGAAAGUCCUUCAGUGAGAACAGGGGCCUUAUCCUGCACCAGAGAACGCACACUGGGGAGAAGCCUUACACCUGUGGGGACUGCGGAAAGGCGUUCAGCCAGAAAUGGAACCUCAUCCUGCACCAGAGGACGCACACCGGAGAGAAGCCUUACGUGUGUGGUGACUGUGGCAAGGCCUUCAGCCAGAACAGGAGCCUAUUAGUGCAUCAGAGGACACACACUGGGGAAAAGCCGCACCUAUGCAGGGACUGCGGCAAAGACUUUAGCCGGAACGAGUACCUCAUCCUGCACCAGAGAACGCACACUGGGGAGAAGCCUUUUACUUGUGAAGAUUGUGGAAAAGCCUUCAGCCAGAACAGGCACCUCAUCCUACACCAGAGGACACACACUGGGGAGAAGCCCUAUGUGUGCAGUGCCUGUGGCAAAGCCUUCAGCCAGAACAGGAGCCUCAUCGUGCAUCAAAGGACGCACACUGGGGAGAAGCCGUACAGGUGCGGGGACUGCGGUAAGGCCUUCAGCCGGAAUGAGUACCUUAUUGCACACCAGAGGACACACACUGGGGAGAGGCCAUUCACGUGCAGGGAUUGCGGAAAGGCCUUUGGACAGAAAUGGACCCUCAUCCUACACCAGAGGACACACACUGGGGAGAAGCCGUACACAUGUGAGGACUGUGGCAAGGCCUUCAGCCAGAAUAAACACCUCCUCGUGCACCAGGGGACUCAUACCAGGGAGAAGGCCUCUGAGGUCUCCAUCUGCCAGAUGCACUUGACGAGGUGUUCGCCCGUGGUGAUGGACCAUGUUAGCCACAACAGCAAGAAGCCCUAUAGUGUGGCCAAUGCUACAAGGCCUUCAGCCCAGGUGUCUACCUCAUCAAGCACCAGCACAUCCACACCGCCAAGAAACCCUACAGGUGCAGCCAGUGGGACGAGGUUUUUGUCAGGAACUUCUUGCUCACCCUCCACCAGAGGAUCCAGGCAUAAGAGAAGCCCUACAAGUGUGGCAAGUGUGGGAAAACCUUCUGCCAGAACAUCCACCUUAAACAACACUAAAGGAAGAUGCACACAUAGCAAGGGGCACAAUAAAUCUGAAUCCACGUCUGAUAAACUGGUUCUGAGCUCAAGCGCCAGUGCCAGAAAUGACAUUGGAGCCCAUGGAUAGGACUCAAGACAAGUCUUGCCUGGAUGGGUUUUGGAAUAUGGAUGCUGGGGACAGGCUACGCCAUGUACAUGAGUUGUGUCUCUGGGUCUUCAUCUCCUGGACAGUAAAGGGGAGGACUCCAUGGGGACAUUCUCACUUUGUCACACACACCUGGAUUUAGUCCAGGGGUCAGGUUGUUGCCACCCUUGGGUUUCCUUGUUUUCCUUACACUCGGCUCCCAGUUUCCCUGUAACAGUAGAUGUUUCCAGGUGGUUUGUGAGUGGAAAAAAAAUUUUUUUAUCGUUAUUGGGUUAAUCGUAAUAGCUUCAGGUGCCAAAGUUUCUCAGUUUGUUAAAUAUUUUUAAAAUAACAGUUUUAAUUAAAGGAGGCCAAUGUCAUUUAAAUAGUUGUCAGGUGCAAAAGAUAGUUACCCGCUUUCCCAUACAUUUGUGUGUCAAAGCUUUGGUGGAGGAGGCAGAAAUACCCCAUAGGAACCCCAGGAACUCAGCAAUCCCUUUCCAAGUAUGAGGCUACCUGCCCCUGCCAGCCCUGGAUUCCUGGCUUGGGAAUGGUCAGACCAGGUGGCAAGGCCCAGACCCUCAGCAAGGAGAUGCAGGGGGGGCUCCACCCCCCUGGGCUGGCAGGAAUUCUGAAAAGUGCCUUCAGUCAGGCAGGGGCAUUAUCCAAUUUAUGGGUCAUCCACAGCCUUAGUCAUGGUGUACUUACAAUUUCAUUAUUGAUAAUAGGGAUCUAUUACAAAUAAUAAAUAGCAAAUGAUAUUUUUUA